ACUGCUUUUUUAAAUUCAUGUGAAUUACUUUUGAAGUAAUGGCAAAUUAGCCAUUUGGUUGUUAUUCCAGGAAUGUUGGCCUAUAAAGGGGCAAUUAUCAACUUCGAUGGUACUGUGUUUUAAUUAACUGUUCAUUAGUCUAAAAAUGCUUUAAUGUCUCUGCAGGUUCUCCAACAAGUGAUUCCCCUUCAAAAUCAUUAAUUUCAUCCAAUCUGCUGGUUUAAGUUGAAAUCUCCGAAAAAAUGCCAUAAAAUUGCUCAAAAUUUCUCCUUGUAAUUCAGAUCAACCUGCUAUUUUUUUGACUCCUUCCACAACUUUAAGAAUCUGCCAAAAUCUAUGAGAAAAAUCGUCACCGAAAGUUCCUUAAAGGUUACACUUCAAGUAACCUUUUUCAAAGUUUCAACACAAUUUAGGGCUUUUUCUAACCUGAGGAAGGCUCGGGCUUUUAUGCUUCAUCUUCUGAACUAGAAGAAUUGCAAGCAAGUUGGAGGCAUUUGAACCAGAAGAACCAUUGGCUUUCUAAACCAGAAGACACAUUUCGGUUUCCAAACAGAAGAAGCUUUAGUAGUUAAAGCUCUGAGUGAGGAGCAGCGCUUCUGAGCCAGAAGCUUUUGGCCUUCAGAACCGGAAGAAGCUCUAGAGAUUAGUGUUCACAGCUAGAAGAAUCUCGAUCGAUUGGGGCAUGCGAUGUGUUGAAGCUCCAUUACUUCAACGGAAGGCGCUAGGGCACCAAACCAAAAGAAUCCCUUCAUCUCAAAGCAAGAGAGGAAGCUCUAUUAGGCUUCGGAGCCAUCAUCAUCAUUAUUCACCAUGUCUAAGUGCUUCAGCUUCACAGCCUCACGAAACCAGUGCUAUCGUUACACAUUUGUGAACGCAGGCAUGCAAUCGCGCACCGUAGAUCUUGGGGAUGGGACUAUAAUGCAUUGUUGGGUCCCCAAAAACCCUAAUAAUAACCAUAGCAGUAACACUAAUAGAUCUAAACCCUCAUUGGUCCUUCUUCAUGGGUUUGGGGCAAAUGCAAUGUGGCAAUGGAGUGAGCACCUGCGCCCUUUGAUGGCUCACUUUGAUGUCUAUGUGCCUGACCUUGUCUUUUUUGGUGAGAGCUACACUACUGGGACGGAACGCAAUGAGCAAUUCCAAGCUCGAUGUGUGGGUCACUUGAUGAGCUCAUUGGGUGUGACUCGAUUCAGUCUAAUAGGUAUCAGUUAUGGUGGGUUUGUGGCUUAUUGGGUUGCAAGCAUGAGUUUGGUGACUGUGGAGAAAUUGGUGCUUUGUUGUGCUGGUGUUUGUUUGGAGGAGAAGGAUUUGGUGGAGGGAUUUUUUAGGGUUAAUGAUUUGGAGGAGGCCACAAGCAUUUUGUUGCCACAAACACCAGAGAAGCUUAGGGAGUUAGUGAGAAUGUCUUUCUACAGGCCAAAGGUCAUGCCAUCAUGCUUCCUCAGUGACUUCAUUGAUGUCAUGUGUACGGAGCAGAUUCAAGAGAAGAAAGAGCUCAUAGAAGCCUUAAUCACUGGUAGAAAGCUUUCUAAUCUCCCCAAGAUCACCCAGGUAAUUACCUUGUUCUGAAUUGUUUGGUUUUUAUUUCCUAGUUUUCCUAUUGAUUUUAUUUUGUCCCUUUAAGUUGGGGUUUGGGUGAAAUAUUUGUUUACUAGUAAAAAUUUGUAUAGUUUGUCCCUUUUUAGGUAUUUCUAUGAGCCUGUAUGAUAUAAUCCGUACUGUCAUGAUUACAACAUGACCUAGGGGUUAUCACCUAAAUAUGUCGGCAAUUCAUUCGUGCAUCCAACUGCCGUCCCUUAUGUUAC